GGGGGGGGAAGGCCCAUUUCUGGGGAAAAGGAAAUUGAAAACAAACCUCUCUUCCACCCUGGGGGCGAGUCCGGGAACGGGGCCAGGAGUGCGUGAAGGCGCUUGCCCAAUGCUCUGUGUCAUGGCAAGUCUCCGGUGGGCGUGGGCAGGGUGCGCCCUGCGUCUGGGCUCCUUCAGGCGGGUAUAAGAGAGGCUGGCUCCCAGUCGGGUCACUGAGGCACCGAGCCGGACUGCGCAGCUCCCGGACCGUGCGUGUGCGGAGACACCGAGGCCGGAGACGGACGGUAAAGAGGAAAAGCCCUGGGAAAGUUUGAGUUUCGUUUCCCGCACCAGCACUGUGCGGGCACCCCUGGACAGGCAGCACCCGUGGCCAUGGCUUCCAGGUCAGUUACCAAGAAGCCCAUAAGAGCAUCAAGGUGGAAUGAUCAGGAGACACUGGACCUCAUCGAGGUGUGGAGUCAGCCAUCCAUUCGCUCUGGGCUCAGAAGCAGAAAAGCGGCCACUGAAAGGAAGAUAGCACGCUGCAUGAAGAAGAAAGGACACAACAGAAACUUCCAGCAGUGCAGUACGAAAAUGAGGGAUCUGAAGUACGCCUAUUUCAAAGCAGAGAAGGCAAACGCACAGCCCGGUGCAUCGCCGGAAAGAUGCCCCUUCCAUAACCAGCUGCAUCCCAUCCUGCGGGAGGACCAGAUCAGCAUCCCCAGGCAGAGUGUGGGAUCCACCCCACGCACUCCCAACCGGUGUGUGGAGAACAGCCUGGCCCAGGGGCGGGAAGAGCAGGCUGUGGGAAACAAUCAGGCAGCAAACUCCUCUUUCCGGGACAGCACGGAUCCUGGGGAGGGCCCGUCUGCGGGACACGCACGCAACUUGCAGCGUACCCGCCCCUCGCCAGCAGCUGUCCGGCGCCCACAGAUCCACAGGCAAAAACAGACACGAGACGACGUCUUGAAGGAGCAAAUGGAGAGGAGCAAUACGUUCCUGGAGAGGAUUGCGGCGCAGCAGGCGGGGAUCGGGGAGCAGCUGGAAAGGGUAGUGGAACGGCAGGAGGAGAUCGGGGAGUGUCUGGAGAGGAUCGCGGAGCAGCAGAAGGGGAUUGUUUCCUCUCCUUCCUCGGGCAGAAUAACUGUCGCUCCUGACCCAGUCCCGUAG